GGAAAUGCAGAUACACCAAAUCCACACCCUUACCCUCAUCUAUCUAAUGAGAUGUCUAUUCUAAGAAUUGGGAAAAGAUUAAUAAGGCAAUAUUUUUCUCUUGUGAAACCAUGUUGAUUCUUAAAAUGUUUAAACUUUGUUAAAUGAUUUUGCAAAGUAUCUUUUAUCACACUUUCAAAAUAUUUCCCACCAUUGAUCUAAGACUGAUAGGCCUGUAAUUACUGGUAUAUUGUUUAUUAUCACCUUUGUAAAGAGGAAUAACAUUGGCCAACUUCCAGUUUUCUGUCUCCUGCCCACUAUUUAUGAAUUUACAAAAUAUAGUACUAUGUGGCUCACAUAUCCAAUCCUUAUCCUUCAUCUAAAGCCCUUUGGAAAAUGUUAUCUAAUCCAAGAGCCUUAUUAUUCUUUAAACUUCCCAAUUUUUUUCUACAUGAUUAGAAUUAAUGUGAUAAUUUUUUUUUUUAUUGCGAUUCCACCUAGCAACUGUUUAGGACAUGGAAUAUUGCAUAAACAUCAGUCAAAAUCGUGAGAUAUGAGCCUUCCUUUAUCAUUCCUCUAAGACUCUACUCCUAUCCUAACGUUUUGCUUACCCCUUUAUGUAUUUAAAAAAAUCCUUGCUGUUAAUAUUUAUAUUUUUAGCCAACCUUUUUUCCUAUGUCCAUUUUGGUUUUCUAAUAUCCUGUUUGACCAACUAACUCUCUUGAUCUAUUAUAAUCCUCUAAGUCUCCCAUCAUAGCAGUCAAUUUAAUCUUAAAGUUAUGCUGCUUUCUUUAACUUUAUCCCUUAUAUAAACCUUUUGUGAGCCAACUUCGUUGUUUUCCUUGCAGCUACUUAUUUUUGUUUUCAGUAAGGAACAUGUCUAUGUUGAAUACUUGAUUUAUUUUUUUAAAUUUCCACAUUUGAUGAGUGUUUCCAAUUAAUUCUGCUGCUCAUUUCACAAAAAAAAAAAAUUGUUGCAUCCCUUCAUAACUUGCCUUUUUGAAAUUAGUAACCAAAAUCUAGUUAUUCCUGAUCCCCCAUUUGCAAUAAAAUGUGAAAUAUAACAGAGCAAUGAAUACUUGCACCCAGAUGUUCCCCAAUAUCCACCCGAUCAGUCAUUUCUGUAUUAGAAAUUAACCAUAAACCUAAACAAUAAUUAUUCCUAGUAUGUUUCCUGACCAAUUGGUGAAGAAGAAUAACCUGAAUGGUUUCCAAACAAUUUAGAUGGAAAUAUGACUGAUGAAAAGGAUCUUUGAAUAGUGGUAAAUAGAUCACUCAAGCCAUUGAAGCAUUGCUUUAUAGCUAGGGUGUAUUUAUGAUGUAUUGAUUAGAAGUCAAAAGAAAGGUAAGUAUCUAUUCAAAUCACCAGAUAGACCUCACUUGGAAUACUGUGUGUGGUUUUAUAUUCUUUUCCAAGCUACUAGGAUAAUUCUUGGGAUGAAAACAUUAUCUAGAGAGAUUGUGUAAUAUUUCUUAUUUUGUCUUGAGAAAAGAAGGGGAAAAAGUAAUCCUAGUGGAGCUUACAGGAUUAUCUAGAGGAUCAGUAAUAUAAUUAAAGGCCUCUGAUUUUUUUAUACUUUGUUAUAGAGGUAAUAGGAUGAAAGGUCAAUUAUUAGUGUAAAAUUUGGAAAAUACAGGCUAGAUUUCAUUUAAGAUUGGUUUUUCCAAUAGAGUAACUGACAUAUUGUGUGAGAUCAUUUUAAAAGCACAAGAGACCAACUCUUUAAAUCACAGUAAUUUAAGAGGAAAUUAAAUAUUUCUUGGGUUUGAAUAUUUGCUUUUGUCAAGGGAGGUGUCCAAGAACAACCUUAAAUCAGCCUUGUUUGUUUGUUAUGUUAUAUACAUUUACACAGUUCCUUUCAGAACUUUAUUGACUUCUGUUUCUUAAGAAUAAAACUUAAAAGUUUCUUACUGGUUCAUUACAGUAGAUGGCCACAAGCUGGAUAGGAUGCCAGUUUAAUCAUUCUUUUUUUUCUCUUCAAAAAACUUGGUGUAUUUGUGUACACUGCAGAACUACUCAGAAAGCUUGCUUUAUGGUAUGACUGGAAUGCCUUUUGCUAGUUUGUAGGUGGGUUCUCAGACCAGUGUCAUACAUAGGCAUAUGAAGAUCAUGAGGCAAGAAUAAAUUUGCUUCCCAAUACAGCCCAGCUCUAAUGAUGUUAUGCAAAUCAAAUAAUACACUAAAUUAUAACAUAAAUAAAAUAAAACCAUGUUUCCAUUUGUUUUAUAUAAUAUAAGAACAAGGGUAUGUAUGUAUGUAUGUGUGUGUAGGAGUAUGAGUGGCCUCUAGUUGUGAUGUCUAGGAGGCCUCAAAUAUUGCCUUGCAUGUCAUGUUCACAGAUAGGUCUUUUGAGAGCUACUGUUUAUCAGUUGACAAUUCUGAAGGAAAAUGGAGGUACAGAAACCAACAGGGCCUUAUGCAGAUCCUCCCCCACCUUAUAGCCAUUCUCCUGAGGAAUAUACUGGAGGCUAUCAACCUAAAUCGUCCACUGUGGUCAUUGGACCCUCUUCCACUAGGCAAGUGACUGUGAUCAACAUGGUUCAGUGGGGUCCUUACCCCAUGCAGAUGACUUGUCCAUAUUGUGCAGCCCGGAUUGUGACUGAGACUGUUGUUUCUCCUGGUUUUUUAACAUGGAUUUUGUCUGGUACUCUCGUUUUAUUAGGGUGCUGGCUUGGAUGUUGCUUGAUUCCAUGCUGUAUUCCAGAAUGCCAGGAUGUAGAACAUCAUUGUCCUAACUGCAAGAUAUACUUAGGAUCAUAUCCACAAAGCUACACAAUGGACUAUCUGUGCUCUGCCCACCACGGGUAUCGAAACCCGGAUUCCAGCGUUGUAAGUCCGCAGACAUGCCACUGGGGAGCGAGGAUAUAGUAUUUAUGAUAUGUCCCUAAUUACUAUAGUGUUGAAUAAUGUAUUGUACGUACGUUAACUUGUUCUGAAUAUAUAUAUUAUUUUGAAAACAAGUGAAGUGCGUGCUGU